AUGAGGCCAGACUACGCCAGCGGGGGAAAACAGCGCCCCGCGCACCUGGGCGAAGGGGACAUUCACGCCCCAGAGAAAACCCUCGACCCGCCCCAGCCUCUAGCGUAUGACCCCGACUCCCUGGUCUACACUGAUGGGAGCGUGCUGAAGGAUACAGGGGAAGGCACCUCCCGCAAUAGAGGAGCUGAAGGCAAAACCAUUGCCAUGGGCGCGGGCGUCUACAUCCCUGCGCUGCUUGGGGGCGGGAAGCAACAAGAUAUAGCCAUCGACCCGCGGGACCCGGCGCAGCCUGAGAACGACACCAUCAACAGAGCUGAAUUGAGCGCCAUAUAG